AUGCGCCUCAACUCGGCCCCAGAGGAUUUCAUCCUGCUGCAUCCUUUGGACCCAUACAAGGAUCUUGGUGACUACACAGUCUACCAGAAAGACUUGCACUUUCUCUUCUGCAAGACGUGCGGGAUGCGAUGCUUCAUUCUCAUGGGACAAGGCGAGGUUACAGAGGUCGAUUUGGAGGCUCUCGGCGUCAAGUCCGACGGUGAAACCCAGGGUUAUAACGUCGACGGCAAGAAGCUUACAAAGGUUUGGAGACCUUCGAAAGACAGUUGGAAAGAGGGCAAAAAGUUUGGGAGUUACCUAAGCGUCAAUGGCUACUCUGUCGAUGCUGGCCAGGAGGGGUUCGACUUGCGUGAGAUUACCGAAAAGAAGUGGGUGGGAUACCUCGAUUGGCUGGAGCUGAAAUCUGAAGGGUCUCAGGGGACUCGUUUCGACCGACCCUGGGAAGGAGGCGCUUAUUGA